GGCUGCUGCUCAGGCUCCCAAAGCUCCAGGAGGGAACACCUCAGAUGGCCUCUCGACAAGCAAUGAGCUCCCUUCUCGGUGGUCCAGGGGUCUUCCUUCUCUUCUUGGCAUUGGGCUGCACCGCAGUUGCAGGAACCCAACUGUGUACCACAGAAUCUGUUGAUGAAGCCACUAUCUGUUCCUUGGUGCAGAGCAUCAGUAAAGAGGAAGUCAGGAUAGUCUUCAGUGGGAACCAUUACCCCUGCCAGCUGACGUUUGCCCAGUAUGCCUGCAUUCCGAGGUCAUGGCUCCAGGUCUGGAACAAAGAUUUUCUGACCCUCCUAUAUCCUUGCCUUAUGGCCAGUGGCCCCCCCAGUGCCCUGGACCCUGCGUACUCCAUCCUGCUCUUCUCCAAAAUUGACCUCCCUGUUCUUGAGACUGCGUUGAAGAAAUUUUCCCAGCAGUCAUCCUCUCAAACAGUUCUCUCAGACCAGUGGGCAGCAGUAUUGUUCAAUGGCCUGUGGAUGAGACUGGGGCCAGCUUUCCAGGCCAGGGAAACCCAGGCCACACGGUCCCAGUUGCUGUCCUGGCUCCAGCCUUUCCUCCUGCACCCUGUAGCCUUUGACUGUCUCACUGCCCAAAACACAUCCUGCCAGACUUUCCACAACCUCAUAUCAGCCCUGAAUGACAUCUACUCAAGCCUGGAAGUGGAGAAGCAGAGGAAGAUUUUUGAAGGCAUGGAGUCCUUCCUUCUGCAGGAGGACUCUGGGUCCCACUGCCAGGAUGAGGCUGUACCAGGCCUAAAUUCAUCAUCCUGGUUGGCCAAUUAUCUGGGCUUCUUCCUGGAACGCGCCACUAUAGAGGAACUCAAGAGAUUGGUAGAUGAACCCAAGCUCCAGAUAUUGGCAAGAGACCCUGCUGCCCUCCACCUGGUCAGCCAGCUCCACCUGAUGCCAGACCUAGCCAGGUUUUACACAACUUUACUCACCUCCCCACCUAGUUUAACCUCCUCAGCUUGA